AUGGAAGAAGGAUUCCCAGCCAGAAGGAUUGCUAUGCAGAAGAUUACCGAGAGGUUGCUUCAGGAAUUCGACGAAUCAGAUCCAGAAAAUAUCCCAUAUUUUAUAGUAGAUUUCAUGUGUAAGAAUUAUGGAGAACAUCUUUCAGGAUUUUCAAGAAUUUGGAAUGCUGAAUAUGAAUUUGAGCAGGAAAGAUUUGCAGUAAUAGAUUUUUUUAGAUCACAAUUUAUUAACUCAAAGAUUAUAGGGGACUUUAUUGCUGCAGGAUUCGACACACUUGAGGCCCUUUGCACAAUAACACCCAAAGAUAUUGACGAAGUUGAAAAGUUUUCUGAGAAAAAUUGGCUUCCAGGCCAUAAAAUUAGACUUCAACAAAUAUUUUCAGAUAUCUCUACUCGAGUUCAGCAAUGGAGAGAUGAGAGAGAGCAAAUAUUAAACAAAUCUUGCCAGCAUUUGGGAUCUAACAGAUUAGUGGUAGGUUUAUCAAAAAGAAAAUCCAAAUAUUGA